UUCGCAGAAACCCAAUUCUCAUAUCUUUCAAUCAUCUCCAUUGUUUCUGGAAUCGCGCGUUAAUUCAAGAAUCGCUGAUAUCGUCGAGGUUCUUCGCUGCUUUAUGCUUUUCCGAGAUAUUCUUAGUCAACGGAACAAUGGCGAUUGAAGAUAAUCGGAUCAUCUCCUCCGAUGAUACUACCGGUCCACUGCUGCAAGAAUCGGAGAGAGACGACGAGAUUUCUCAUCACGACGAAUUCAACGGAGCUUCUUUCGGUGGAGCGGUUUUCAAUCUGGCCACAACAAUCAUCGGUGCUGGUAUAAUGGCUUUGCCUGCGACGAUGAAGAUCCUUGGGCUUGUUCUCGGAAUCGCAAUGAUCGUAUUAAUGGCUUUCUUGACCGAUACAACGAUUGAGUUCUUGCUUAGGUUUAGUAGAAUCGGGAGAAAAAGAUCUUACGGUGGCUUAAUGGAAGAUUCUUUUGGCAAACCUGGAAGGAUUAUGUUGCAAGUUGCUGUUCUUGUUAGCAACAUUGGCGUAUUGAUCGUUUACAUGAUCAUCAUUGGUGAUGUUUUGGCUGGAAAGAAUGUAUAUGGAAUCCACCAUGCUGGUAUGCUUGAUGGAUGGUUUGGGGAAAAUUGGUGGAACAGAAGAACUUUUGUUCUUCUUAUUACUACUCUCUUUGUGCUUGCUCCAUUGACAUGCUUCAAGCGGAUUGAUUCUUUGAGAUUCACAUCUGCCAUAUCAGUUGCUCUAGCGGUUUUUUUCCUUGUCAUCACUGCGGUAAUUGUCAUCAUAAAGCUGUUCACUGAUGGUUUGAUGAUGCCAAGACUUCUACCAAAUGUCACUGACUUGGCCUCAUUCUGGAAACUCUUCACUGUUGUUCCUGUUCUUGUCAACGCAUACAUUUGUCAUUAUAACGUUCACAGCAUACAGAACGAGCUUGAAGACGCCUGUGAGAUCAGACCUGUUGUUCGAUCAGCUCUUACCAUGUGCUCUUCUGUUUACAUCAUGACAAGCUUAUUCGGAUACCUCUUGUUUGGUGAAGCUACUCUAGAUGACAUUCUUGCAAACUUCGAUACCGAUCUUGGAAUCCCUUUUGGUCCGGUACUAAACGACGCAGUGAGAUUUAGCUACGCAGCUCAUCUCAUGCUUGUGUUCCCUGUUGUUUUCUAUCCUCUGCGGGUUAACAUCGACGGUCUCUUAUUCCCUACGGCUCCAUCUCUUACCAACUCUAAUCUGAGGUUUGGCUCUAUCACUGCCGGUCUCAUUGCAGUGAUCUUUGUCGGUGCAAACUACAUUCCAAGCAUUUGGGAUGCUUUCCAGUUUACUGGAGCAACCGCUUCUGUCUGCCUCGGUUUCAUAUUCCCUGCUGCUGUUAUCUUAAAGGAUCGUCAUAACCGAGCAACAAACAGGGACAAGACUAUAGCCAUUUUCAUGAUCAUUCUUGCGGUGUUCUCCAACGCAAUCGCCAUUUACAGUGACGCUUACGCCUUAUUCAAGAAGAACGAAUCUACAUAUUCAAUAUGAAAAGGGUGGUUUUGUCUUCUUCUCUCACUCUACGUGAAACCAAGUGUUGAUACGAUGUCUUUAGAUGAUUUUUGAACGGCAUGAUAAAUAGUUGUAGAAUCUCUGUAUAUAGAGUAGGGAGAGAACAGGUUUUACUUGUUUUCAUUUAACAUUGAACUACUAGAGAGAAAUGAAAGAUGUUCAUGUAAUCAACAAAACAGAGAU